AUGGCUCAGCAAUGCCCUGCAAUGGUAGCACUACACAAAUCAACGCCCGUCCAAAUCCACAACAUUAUCAUUACUCCAUCAAAUGUUGUGAUUGAUGACUACACUAAACUCAAUCUAAGCGUUGUUUGCAUUCCAAAAACUGGAGAAACUUCUCGAUAUCUCCGAUUGAACAACAAGAAAGGUGGAUGGAAUUAUGAUAUUGAUGAGUAUGGCUUCAAACAUCAAGAAUUCGAAAAUGCGGUUUAUCAGCAAGUGGAAUGUUGGGAGACGCAAAAGGAGAUAAUGGAGGAGGAGUUGGAAGAGGAUCUGAAAACAUCGAAUCCCAUUUUCUUUGAGGUUAUCAAGAACAAAUAUGAAAGAUCGUUUGGAGACUAUGUAUUCAAACUUGAAAUGUAUAAUUUGAAGAGAGCUGGUCAACCGUCUCCUUACAAUCGAUUUAUUCAAUUAGCUGUCAGUUCUUCAAACUCAUAUCGUAGAGUGGAAUAUACCAAUUACGACGAAACUCUAUCGAAAUCCAUGGAUUCCUUGAUUUCGAAACUGUUUUCUCUGAACAACAACACAAUAAGAAUCGGGAGUAUCAAAGUGGAGAAAGAGGGAGUUAAUAGUCUAAACUCAAUUUCUCCAAAGAUAAAUCACAAUCAGUUCCCUGUGGCGUCAAUUAUAACAGUUGAAAGCAUAUCUGGUGACUUGCCAAUUUUCAAGAACACUGGUAUUCAUAUAAUUGAAAAUUGUACUGUGCAGUAUGGUUCAAUAGCUACUCGUGUUCAUUUCCGGGGCAGCUCAUGUUCUACUAGGAAUGUUCAUAGUUUGAUCGAAUCGCUAAAGAAAAACUUGAUAGGAAAACAUCUAUCGAUUGAAACUAAUCGUUCAAGUCCAAGGUGGUUGAGCUCGGUUCCUAAUUCCGUUAAGGGUACCAUUCUUGUUGACGGUAAUCGCAUCACUUGCUAUACAGUUGAAGAUAGGAAAAAAUGGAUAGAAAUCAACUGCUAUUAUAUCCCGAUACCCGACAGCAUUUCUCAAAUUCAUGUGGAAGUUCAUCCAAUUGGACAUGCCAUUCGAAAUUGA